AUGGCUUUGGAGAUUGUACAAGGUCUUAUCGCUUGUGCUAUUUCAUCUGUAUUUUUUGGUUCAAUGUUUGUUCCACUAAAAAAGUUCGAUAUUGGUGAUGGUAUGCUCUUUUUUCCUUGUUAUUCUUUCUUUGAGUAUAAUAAAUAUUUUAAUAAACUUUUAAAUACAAUUUUCGCGAAUUUUUUUAUUUUAGGAAAUGCAACUGCAAUACCAAUUAUAUCCAUGAUUGGUAUGGGUAUGGGCAUACUUCUAUGGGGUGUUACCAAUUGUAUAUGUGGAUGGGCAAGUAGUAGAUACGGACUUUUUGGUUUGAACAAAGAAGUUCCUAAUAAUGUCAUCCUGAAUUAUAUGGGCCUUGGUUGCGUCAUUAUAGGGAUUGCACAUAUUAGAUUUUUAAUUUUUCAAAUUUUGUUUAGCGGCAUUGCUUUAUCGCUUUUUGCUGGUGUUUUCUAUGGAACGACAUUUGUUCCCGUAAUUUAUAUUCAGCAGCAUGGUUAUAUGGUUUCGCAAAAUGGAUUGGAUUAUGUUUUUUCUCACUUUAGUGGAAUAUUGGUUACAACGAGUUUUAUAUUUUUUGCUUACUCCAUCUUUAAACGUAAUCGUCCGUUCAUAAAUAAUCGCACCUUCCUACCCGCAUGCAUCACAGGAACGCUGUGGUCAAUCGCUCAACUUUCAUGGUUUUUUGCCAAUGAUCGUAUAUCACAGUCGAUAUCAUUUCCAAUUAAUAGCAUGGUGCCUGGUGUGUGCGGUGCUUUAUGGAGCGUUUUUUAUUUUCGAGAAAUUCGAGGUGCUCGUAACAUGCGGAUUCUUUCUUGCGCUAUAUGUAUUACCCUUGCUGGUGCAAUAUUAGUCGGCUUAUCGAAAGCCUUUUGA